AUGGAGAACAACCAGACGGUGAAGAACGAGGUGACAGAGCACAUUCGCACGCUGAUAGAGAAAGCAUCUUCAAUAAAUUUUCAAGGUAAAUCAUUUGUGCAUUACGAUAAGAUUAACGAGCUUGUCACUCGGGAGAGGGUCACAACCGUCCUAAAGAGUCUUAAAGUCAAUGAUGGACGACGACAACUCCUUGAAGAUUUCGUUUUUGCUGGCACAGGUGCGAGACGGUUGUUCUUAAUUCUGGCCAGUACAAGACUACUGGACCAUCUCAGUACAUUACAACAGCAGAGAUUCAACGAUGACGCACUGCCAAUUAAAAUCGUGCAUGACGGCGCCAAAACAGUGGUCAUCUCCCUCAACACCCAUACUCGACACGAGUUCUUCAGCCAGUGGGACAUGAACGAUCGGGACCUUCUAUCCUUAAAACAGUGGGAACUCUUGGCCCCUAAAUUUGGCGACAAAUCCUUCCACUUCUCCUUCGACGCAGACCACAGAUUGCCUUAUCUGGAGCGAGAAGAGAGGCCGGCCAGUGAUGGGUUCUUCGGAGAAGUAUUCCUCACGAGGAUCCACAAGGCACACCUAGCUGAGACACAGUGGCACGGAACCGUUACAGGGGACAGUGUCACAAUCGCUGUGAAGAAGGCCAAAGAUCAUAAAGAACUUGCCCAAUUCUUUGAUCAAGAGGCCGACAAUCUACAGAAAAUUAAGGUCUACAGAUCGCCUCAUUUGAUCAAGCCCAUCGCUGCGUAUAGUAUUGGCAACGAGAGAUGUCUAAUAUUUCCGUGGGCAGAUGGUGGCAAUCUAGACAACUAUUGGGCAAAACUAAAAGGUCUUAACCCAAAAGGAGCGGAUACAAAGAAAGUGACGUGGUUCAUAAUGCAAUUUGUCGGGCUCUGCUCGGCUCUCAAGGAGCUACACACGUCCGAGACGGAGAACUGCAUCCACGGGGACCUGAAGCCCGAGAACAUUCUCCUUUUCAACCAGGACGGAUCUCAAGCUAUACUACAGAUCGCCGAUUUGGGCCUUGCGGCAUUUCAUGUCGAAGCAAAUACGAACAUGAGGGUUGCUUCCGGUGUGCGUUCUGGGACGUCUCGAUACAUGCCCCCCGAGAUGGACCAGCAUGGAGGCGAGAAAUCGCGAGGCCGAGCUUACGACAUAUGGUCAAUGGGAUGCAUUCUCUUAGAACUCUUGGUCUGGUUCACCUCGGGAUAUGAUGCGUUGACGAGGUUCAAGCAACGAACUUCCAACUACUUCUGGACCAAGCCCGUGCGCGACUACAUCAUCCAUCCGGACGUGGAGUCCUACAUGAGGCUUGCGGAACAGAAGCUCGAGUCAGAUUCUUUGUUCAAGGAUAUUCUAGAGCUCAUUCGAACAAAGCUUCUAGUCAAUAAAGCCAACCGCAUUAUAGCACGAGAACUUCAUUCCAAACUCGAGAAGAUCGGGUGCAAAUGUCAGAACUCGCCAUCGUAUACUGCUUCUGCCACAUUUACCUACCCAGACACCAAAAUCGACAAUAGAAAGACGCCGCCCCCUACCGCCCUCAUAAGUCCGAACCUGGAAGUCCCGGGACAGCAAAGCGUGGUUGGAACUCUUCCCGGGCCCAACCUAAACGACGCAGCAACUGAUGAAAGGCUGGAAAUCGUCGUCGUGAGACCACCAGAUGAACUCAACCCGGGUUCGGGGGGCACUAUGAAUCGAGAAUUGGUUGGUUCUACGCCCCAGUCGUGCUUUACUUCGGUGCUGAUGUUUCAACAGAUGCAAUCGAAUUCUCUCCAUGAUCCAUGGCAAUCUACACCGGAUGAUGAUUUUGCCCGCAGUUUCUUUGAAAAGGUUGGUUGGGAUCGAGUGAAGCCAGAAGACCAUGCCGGGAGCCCUAAACUAUGUUCCCAUUGCAGUACCAUAGACUCAUCAGCAGAGUUGCUUCCUAGAGAUUGCGAUCUUUCGGAACUACAGUCCUCCUCAUUCACCUGCGAACUCUGCGAACUUCUCUUAGACAGGUUGCGAGAGGCCGGGGUCCAGCCCCCUAGACGGAUCACUCUGCGGCAUACUGGGGCUCACAUUGGCAUUGAGGGUGGCCCGGACCUGCUCUCCAUCUACGCCGACCCAGGUUCGAGUCUCCAGCAAAAAGCACCGCUUGGCAUACCACGGCUCCUCGAGCCAGCUAGCCCGGAGCAUUUCACACUCCUUCAACAGUGGCUGCAAAUGUGCGACUCGACACACAGCAUGUGCCGUCGAGGAUAUCAGGAGGGCCCAUCUAACAUGCCAACGCGCCUCCUAGACGUUGGUCAUCCUCUUCGCCUGAUAGACUCCGCAUCCAUCACCGCGGACCGCUACACCGCUCUCAGUCACUGCUGGGGAAUCACAUCCCAAAGAUUCUGUACACUCCAAAACAAUAUCAACCAACUCAAGGAAUCCAUCGACUUCGAGAAGAUCCCGCAAACCUUUCAAGACGCCAUCAUCGUCACCCGCGGCCUCGGCAUUAAAUACAUAUGGAUCGACUCCAUCUGCAUCAUACAAGAUGACAGUGAGGAUUGGUACCGCGAGGCGGCCAAGAUGGAACUGGUCUUUAGCGGAGCCUACUGCACUCUUGGCGCCAGCUCAUCCAAAUCGUCGGUAGAGGGCUUUCUCGCUCGCGACCCGCCACGUCGCUGUUUACAGCUGUCAGUUUCCAACACCUGCACCCUCUUCGUGUGUCCGGCCAUCGACGACUUCCACCGCGACGUGGAGCUCGGGCCCCUGAACCGCCGCGGCUGGGUCCUGCAGGAGAGGGCGCUCUCGCGCCGCUCCAUCCACUACACCUCGACGCAGGUUUACUGGGAAUGCGGCGCGGGCGUACACUGCGAGACGCUUACCCGUCUCCGAAAUGCCAAAGCCGGCUUUCUCGGCGAUGCCAACUUCCCCAAGUUCGCGCUGGAAUACUACCGGGACGGGAGACAGCUGCUUAUGCAGGACCUGUUCGAGCGAUACUCGGAAUUAGCCUUCACGCAGCCGACAGACCGGUCUGUGGCGCUACUGGGCCUGCAGAAGCGCAUGGCGCAGGCCUUCCGUACCCAGGGAGCCUACGGUAUAUUCUCGGCGUACUUUGCGCGUGGUCUUUUGUGGGGGCGCGCGGGCGACCCUCAUCAGCGCAUGGAGCCCAUCGUAUGGGCCCCGGGCCACCACGUACCCAGCUGGUCCUGGCUUUCUAAGCUGGGCGCUAUCAAGUAUAUGAAGCUCGAUUUCAAGAAGAUCGAGUGGGCCACGGGCGACUUCAAGAACCCCCUGGUACACGGUAGCCCCGCUUGGAAUGGUCAGAAGGAAGAAAAUGGGGUCUUGCCGGGGUUGGCAAGACCGUUGUUGUUGGUGGAGGUAUGCCACCUUGUGAUCACCUUCGACGUUAGGGAUGACUACGAUUUCGAAAAACUGCGGUGCGUCGUCGUCGGCCGAGACAAAAUGGACACUUGGACGGAUGACCAGAAGCAUUACGCACUUAUUAUCUAUCCAAGGAGCGACAUUAAUGGUCUAGUCUAUGAGAGGGUUGGUGUGGCCACCUUGAAGGCUUCACAUAUUGGCGAUGGGGAAUCUUGGGUAAAUAUUCGAUGA